CGCGCACGGCGCCGUGUUUACAGCGAACGCCGCAGACUGCAGACUAAACCGAGGGAGACCGUGCGUGUACCUGUGCGUUAAUCUGCCUAGCCGCUCUUGCCCGUUCGGCGGAGAGCCCCCCCCCCCUCCCCUCCUCCUCGACCACGCCAGCUGCUUUAACCCGGCAAGUGUUACCUGCAACCAUAAACGACGUCCACCGCAACAAGGCGGCGUGCGUGCGUGCGUGCGUGUGUGUGUUUGUGACCGUGCGAGGACCGCCGGCUGAGGAGGCGGAGGAGAAGAAGAAGGACCGAGGCUUCGGGUCUGGACGCGGAGAUUUUUUUUUUUGUCGUGGAUAUUUCCACAGAGGCGUCGCGUCGUUCGGAUAUAACGGGACGUGUGUUUUAAAUGCAGCGUGCCUCUCUUGGGUUCCCCGCCCCACCUCUUUUCACUCCCAUUUUAAGGCGAGACUGACCCGUUUCGUGCUUCCCGGGGACCCUGCAGCAGCAAGCAGGACAUUAAAGGCUGUUUUUUUUUUUGUUUUUUUUUUUGCUCCUGAUAUGGAGUGUGAAAAGAUGUGGAUUACAAUCAGCGAGGAAUCCCCGCCGCCAGUUUAGCCGCCAUGCUUCCAUGUCACACGUCAAUGCAGCGCCGUGUUUGGCUGGGAUAGACUGAGCAAUGAAUGCGCACCGUCUGGUCAGCGGCAGAAGUCGGUAACUUUUUUUUUUUUUUUUUUUUUUUUUUUUUUUUUGGAGCAAGCCUGGACUCCCGUUAGGAACCGUGAGAGCAGCCUUGCUAGCCCCUGCUGCCUGUAGCUAUUAGCUCCAUUAGCCGGCUAACAGCUACAAGGUGCUUGGCUGGACAUUAAAAAAAAAAAAAAAGAGAGAGAGGGGGGGUUUUGACCGCCGUGGCCGGGGUUUUUUGCCCACGUAUCCACCUUUAGCCGCCCAUCUUUCUUUCCCGUGGAUUGUUAGCAGAGUCUACGCGUACAGGGAUGAGGUCUGAAACGGAAGGGAGCCGCUUGACCUUGUUUUGGGGUCUGAUGCUGGCUCUGUCCUCCUGCCUUCGGGCCGCCGCCGCAGAGAUUUGCACGCCCAGCAUCGACAUCGGCAACGACAUCAGUGAACAUCAGUGAGUUCAGACAGCUGGAGAACUGCACAGUGGUCGAGGGCUACCUGCAGAUCCUCCUCAUCGGCGACAAAAACAACAACAACGUGAACCAGGAGGUCUUCCGCACCCUCAGCUUCCCCAAGCUGACCCUGAUAACCGACUUCCUGCUGCUCUUCAGGGUUUCCGGCCUGGACAGCCUGAGCACGCUCUUUCCCAACCUCUCCGUCAUCCGCGGCCGUAACCUCUUCUACAACUACGCCCUGGUGAUAUUUGAGAUGACCAGCCUGAAGGACAUCGGCCUGUACAACCUGAGGAACAUAACGCGCGGCGCCAUCCGCAUCGAGAAGAACCCAGAGCUCUGCUACCUGGACUCCAUCGACUGGUCCCUCAUCAUGGACGCAGAGUUCAACAAUUACAUCGCCGGGAACAAGCAGUCCAAAGAGUGCAGCGACGUGUGUCCCGGCAUCAUGGAAAACAGCCCCAUGUGCAGAAAGACCAUGUUCAACAACAAUUACAACUACCGCUGCUGGAAUUCCAACCACUGCCAAAAAGAGUGUCCUGAAAAGUGUGGACGGCAGGCGUGCACAGCCGACGGUGAGUGCUGCCAUCCUCAGUGUCUGGGCAGCUGCACGCUUCCCGACGACGACACCGCAUGCGCCGCAUGUGUGCAUUACUACCACAACGGCAGAUGUGUGGCCGACUGCCCGCCAGGCACGUACAGGUUCGAGGGUUGGCGUUGCAUCAGCGCCGAGUUUUGCUCUAAAGUGCACCUCCCUGACUACUACACCUUCGUCAUCCAUGGCGGGGAAUGUAUGACCGACUGUCCAUCCGGGUACACGCGAUCCACACCCGACAGCAUGACGUGCACUGCCUGCGAUGGCCUGUGCGACAAAGUGUGCGACGGGAAGACCAUUGACUCCAUGGAUGCCGCUCAGUCUCUCAAAGGCUGCACUGUUAUCAAAGGCGACCUGCAAAUCACCAUCCGCAGAGGCCAUAACAUGGUGGCAGAGCUGGAGAGCUUCACAGGUUUGAUCCAGAGGGUGACGGGUUACGUCCGGAUCAGACAUUCUCACACUCUGACCUCGCUGGCCUUCCUCCGCAGCCUGAGAUACAUCGAUGGAGAAAGCCUUUAUGAAGACAUGUACGCCUUCUCAGCGUUCGACAACCAGCAGCUCCAGUAUCUUUGGGACUGGAAGCAGCACAACCUGACCAUAAAAGCGGGCAAGCUGUUCUUCAGGGUCAACCCGAAGCUGUGCAUGUCGGAGAUCCGCAAGAUGUGGGAAAAGACGGGCGUCCGGGGCCGCUUUGAUGAGACGGACUUCCGAAACAAUGGCGACAGAGCCAGCUGUGAGAGCACCAUCCUGCAGUUCACGUCCAACAGCACCAGCAGCACCAGGAUCAAGCUGACAUGGCAGCGCUACCGACCUCCUGACUACAGAGACCUCAUCAGCUUUAUAGUUUACUACAAGGAGGCGCCGUUCCAGAAUAUCACAGAGUUUGAGCGGCAGGAUGGUUGCGGUUCUAACAGCUGGAAUAUGGUGGAUGUGGAACUGAGACUGGAUAAGGAAACAGACCCCGGGGUUCUGCUCUCUGGCCUGAAACCCUGGACGCAAUACGCCGUCUUUGUUAAAGCGAUCACCCUCAUGGUGGAAGACAAACACAUGCCCGGCGCCAAGAGCAAGGUGGUCUACAUCCGCACCAGCCCCUCUGCGCCCUCCAUGCCUCAGGAUGUGCGGGCCUACUCUAACUCGUCGACUCAGCUGGUGGUCCGCUGGUCGCCCCCCGUCUCGCCCAAUGGAAAUCAGACUUACUACUGGGUGAAGUGGCAGCAACAAGCUGAAGACAAGGAGCUGUACCAGCAUAACUACUGCUCCAAAGAGCUAAAGAUCCCCAUUAGGAUCGCUGCCACAGGGAUUGGAGACCAGGAGGAGGAUACAAAGCCCACUAAACCAGAUCCUGAUGGAGCAGACAAAGGUCCGUGUUGCCCCUGCCCCAAAUCAGUGGAAGACCUGGAGGCCGAAGCCGCCGAUGCCUCCUACCGAAAAGUCUUUGAAAACUUCCUGCACAACUCCAUUUUUACACCAAGGCCUCCGGAUCGGCGUCGCAGAGAUCUUUUUGGCGUGGCCAACUCUACUCGUGCUCGCCGCUUCCAGCUUUUGGUCAACAGCACCGUGGUUCCCCCUCUGCAGGCCGGCGGUAACGGCAGCGUCCCUGACCCGGAGCCGGCCGAACAGGAUUACGAGGUCAUGGAGCAAACGGUGACCGAACGCGAGCUUCAGAUAACUGGCCUGGAGCCUUUCACGGUUUACCGCAUCGACGUUCACGCCUGCAACAGGCAGGUGCAGCACUGCAGUGCGGCUGAGUUCGUCUUCUCCAGGACCAAGCCCGCAGAAAAGGCGGAUGACAUCCCAGGCCCGGUGAACUGGGAGGGCCACGAGGACUGGGUGUUUCUGCGAUGGCCGGAGCCCGCUCGGCCGAACGGACUCAUCCUCAUGUACGAGAUCAAGUUCAAACUGGCUGCCGAGGCCGAGAAACACGAAUGCGUUUCCAGACAAUUGUAUCGAACCCAGCGUGGCGUUCGCCUGACCAACCUCAGUCCUGGAAACUACUCAGUCAGAGUGAGAGCCACAUCACUGGCUGGCAAUGGCUCCUGGACACAAAGCCUGAAUCUCUAUGUAGCUGAAAGUUACGAAAACGUCUUUGCAAUGAUCUUCGUCCCAAUCGUCAUCAUUAUCCUAAUCUGCUCUUUGGUCUCGAUGUUGGUGGUCCUCAACAGAAAAAGGAAUAGCGAUCGGCUCGGGAACGGCGUGCUGUAUGCCUCGGUCAACCCUGAGUACUUCAGCGCCGCAGAAAUGUACGUACCAGACGAGUGGGAGGUGGCCCGGGAGAAGAUCUCCCUCUGCCGGGAGCUGGGCCAGGGGUCGUUCGGGAUGGUGUACGAGGGCGUGGCUAAGGGUGUGGUCAAAGACGAGCCGGAGACGCGGGUCGCCGUCAAGACUGUGAACGAGUCGGCCAGCAUGAGGGAGAGGAUCGAGUUUCUCAACGAGGCGUCUGUUAUGAAGGAGUUUAAUUGCCAUCAUGUGGUGCGCCUUCUUGGGGUUGUUUCCCAAGGCCAGCCCACCCUGGUCAUCAUGGAGCUGAUGACGAGAGGGGACCUGAAGAGUUACCUGCGCUCGCUGCGCCCUAAAGAGCAGCAGCAGCAGUUUUCCUGCCUGUCCCUCCCCCCGCUGAAAAAGAUGCUCCAGAUGGCGGGGCAGAUCGCCGAUGGCAUGGCGUACCUCAACGCCAACAAGUUUGUCCAUCGAGAUCUGGCGGCGAGGAACUGCAUGGUGGCCGAGGACUUCACCGUUAAGAUAGGAGAUUUUGGCAUGACCAGAGACAUUUAUGAGACCGAUUACUAUCGCAAAGGUGGUAAAGGUUUGCUCCCUGUCCGCUGGAUGUCCCCCGAGUCUCUGAAGGACGGCGUUUUCACCACCAACUCAGACGUCUGGUCGUUUGGGGUUGUAUUGUGGGAGAUAGCCACUCUGGCAGAGCAGCCUUACCAGGGCCUGUCCAACGAACAAGUCCUCCGCUUUGUAAUGGAGGGAGGACUGCUGGAGAAACCACAGAACUGUCCAGACAUGCUGUUCGAGCUGAUGCGAAUGUGUUGGCAGUUCAACCCCAAAAUGCGUCCAUCCUUCGUGGAGAUAAUCAGCAGCAUAAAGGACGAGCUGGAGCCGUCUUUCAAAGAGGUCAGUUUCUAUUACAGCGCCGACAACAAGCCAGCCGAAGCGCCGCAGCUCCACCUGGACAAGCUGGAGCCGACGGCGGACGUCACCCUGGACCCUUCUUCCUCUACGCAGCAGAGCACCCAGCCCACCCCGCCUUCCCCGAGCUCAGAGGGGCCGCCGGCCCCGUCACAAGCGCCCAGCUCCCCCUCCGCUCCCUGCACGUCAUGCGCGGUCCCGGACAAUACGUCUUCGAGCCAGCAGGCGGCGAACGGACUCUCGGGGGCGGGCCUUCCGCCAGGCUCCGGGCACGCGGCCGGCUCGGGCGUCACGAUGCGGCCGUCCCUGGACGAGCUGCCGCCGUACGCGCACAUGAACGGAGGACGCAAAAACGAGCGCGCCAUGCCUCUCCCACAGUCGUCGGCGUGCUGAUCGGGCAGGCGGACGACCCAGGCUGCAAGAACGUUCACCCACGUGGGUGUUACUUUUUUGUUUUUUUUGUUUGAAUCACAGCGAAACCUUCUCUGGAGGAUGGACGUGGGUAUUUUUGAGACUCAAACACAGAAGAAACUUUCAAAGAGUUGAUGUCCUGCUGUAUGGCCGCACAUUUUCUUUUCUAUUUUUUUUUUUUUUUUAAAUAAUCUACUUGUUUGAGUUCCUACCAGCUGGCUGUCAUUUGUGACGCCGCUCCUGCUGCUGAGUGGAAAGACCAAAACAGAAAAAAAGAAAAAAAAAAAUCUUCAGUAAAACAAAGAAACUGUUAAAAAAAAAAAAAAGAAAAAAAAUUUUGGGGGGAGCUUUUUUGCUCUCUUUGGCUGAACUUAUUUUAUAGUUAUUUGUUACUUUUUUUUUUUUUACAUGUUUCCGAAUGAGCAUACAAAAUAUGUUGGCCUUUAUAAAUGUUCAGCGUUGUGUGCGCUUUUGGACGGGCAUUAUGGUGAACACUUUAAGCAUAUCUAAUAAAGAUCAAGCACUUCAAACUGGUUGCCAGUCGGCCGUCUAUGAAUCGGGUUCCUGUGAGGGUUGAGCGUCAGCAUAAUGCCGGGUCAAAAGCCGAUCCACUGAGACAAUGGGAGAACAGUCAGCUCUGCCAAAUCUGUUGCCAAACUCUUCUGCUUUCACCUGUCACUCUUCAAGACUCAGUUGUGAAAAUGAACUACUACAAAUAAAAAGCACUUUGAUCUUCCA